UUUUAUAUAAUUGUUGUUUGAUACAGUUAUACAAAUUAUUUGUUUUUUCUUUUUUGUUAAUUAGUCAAUUCAAUCAUAAUUGUAAUUGCAUAUUUUUGGUUUAUGUAGAAAGUGAAAUAUAGGGAGAAAUUAUUAUUAUUUUUUCUUAAUUGAGGAGGAUUGAGAUGUGAGAUUUAAUCAUGAAAAAGUCAGUGUAAAAGUUAUGUAGUUGGAACUAAAAAUAGGUUGUACAAAAUUUUUGUAUAAAUUUACUUUGACACAUCAUAUUUACACAAAUAUAUAUAUACAACGGUUAGAGAUGCUCUUAUUGUGUACUCAUUUUUUCAUUUUACACUUUAUUGCAUAUUAUUUUUUAAAAAUUGAAAUAAUUUUUUUAAUUAUUUUUUUUUUGUUUUUUUUUUUUUUUUUUUUUCCAACGAUUUUAUUCUCAAUAAUUAUAAUACUAAAGGUUAUAGUUGUUUAUUCGGAUUAUAUGUUUAAAUAAAAGAUUAUAUUAGAAAAACAAUAUUAAAAAACAAUAAUAUUAUAUAUAUAAAAGAAAAAGUGCAUUACAGCUUCCUACAAAUAAAAUAAAACAAUAGUCAGGAAAAAAAAAAAAAAAAAAAAUACAUAACCAUAAUUAUUUUACUCACUAUCACACAAUAUAUUGUUUUUUCCAUUUUAUAUCAUUAUCAUAUACAAAAGCCCACAACUCCACGCGCCACUCCCUUCCUCCGGAGUGUGAAGUGUGUAACAUAACGUGGGCCCACUUGUGUGUAACGUGCAUACUAAAGACUUUCAUUCAAAAUACUGUACAUAUUUGCUUUGUGCUGGGUCGCUCUUACAAUUUACAAUAAAAAAUUAUUACAAUUUACGAUAAGAAAGUAUUUCAAAACGAUACGUAAUUCUUUGCAUAAGGUUUGAACGGAAAAUCAAAAUAAUGUUUAGAAAGACUGGAAUUUAGAAAAGAAUUAGAUUCCAUAGGAUUUGAACUUCCAAAAUACAAUCUACUCAAAUUCUAUGAAAAUUGAUGGAAUUUGUAAAAUACUUAACUAAAGAAUUUUUAACUUACCCAAUUUACCCUUCUUUCUAAUAAAACAUGAUAUUGCAAUUAGGAUAAAAUGAUGAAAGAAACCUUUUCUUCAUAACUAAAUUUCAUUUCAAAUCCAAUCGGAUUUCUUUUUCUUUUCCAAAUCAAAAUCCAUUAAAAUAAAAAAAUAAAAAAAUCCACCAAAAAAUAAUAAUAAUAAUAAUAAAACUUGCCACUACAUAAACCCAGUUCCACCAACUACUCGUUCUGUUAACCAUUGGAAGACAAAUACUUGAUUCAAAACAGUGGUUCAAAAAUCAGAGGCAUUUGGGUAUUCAAACAAAUGAUGGUCUUCUCUUGGCUAUGCUUUUUUUCCUUUUCUAUAUGAUGGCUUGACAGUGAAAAUGGCAUCGAAAAGAUUAACGUAGCCAACACCACAUAGUUAUGUUUAAAGCAGUGUUGACCCAGCAAUUUUCUGGUGAUGAUUCAUUUUCAGAAGCUUAUGACUCUCACAACCAUUAAACAUUUCGGUGCUGUCCUACAUAAGGAAUUAUCGGAUUCGUGUUUUGUUUGCAAGUACUUUUCUCGUGUUGCAAAUCAACUGUUUGAUGAAAUUCCUGAGAAUAGAAAUGCGUGGGAACUUGCCAAGAAUGGCAAUGCUCGUGAAGCAUUGGAGUCUUUUCGCAGGAUGAAUGAGUUUGGAAAGACACCCACGAAGUUCAUUCUUUGUAGCACUCUUAAUUCUUGCGCGAAAACGCUGAAUCGGCACUUGGGUCUGCAAAUUCAUGCUCGAUUAGUUCAGACCGGUUAUGAGGAGAAUUUGUUCAUAAGCAGUGCGCUUGUUGAUGUUUACGCAAAGUGUGGUGCUUUGGUGGAUGCAAGGAGGGUGUUUGAUAGCAUGAAAAGGCAUGAUCAAGUAUCCUGGACUUCAAUUAUAUCUGGUUUUUCACAAAAUGGGGAUGGAAGAGAAGCCAUUUUGUUGUUUAAACGAAUGUUGGGUACCGAAAUCAAACCUAAUUUCUUUACCUAUGUUAGUGUUAUUAGUGCGUGUACAGUGCUGGAAGGAGCAUUUGUAUGUGGUGCAUUGCUUCAUGCUCAUGUAAUUAAACUUGGGUGUGGGACUAACAGUUUUGUGGUCAGCUCUCUAAUUGAUUGUUAUUCAAAAUGUGGGCAAAUCGAUCAAGCUAUACUGCUAUUUGAUGCCACCACCGCGAGGGAUAACAUUCUACUCAAUUCUAUGAUCUCAGGGUAUUCUCAGAACCUAUGCGGCCAAGAGGCAUUGACCCUGUUCAUGGAAAUGAGGAAUGAAAAUUUGAGUCCAACCGACCAUACUUUAACUAGCAUUUUGAAUGCUUGUGGGAGCUUAACAGUCGUCCAGCAAGGAAGACAGGUCCAUGUUUUGGUCAUUAAAAUGGGGUCAAUUACCAAUGUGUUCGUGGUUAGUGCUUUGAUAGAUAUGUAUUCAAAAUGCGGCAGCAUUGUGGAAGCUCGUCGUGUUUUUGAUGAAACGAUUGAUAAGAACAGCGUCUUGUGGACUUCAAUGAUCACUGGGUAUGCUCAGAGUGGAAAAGGGUUAGAUGGUUUGGAACUUUUUGAUUAUUUGGUGAAGGAAGAAGGGGUUGUGCCGGACCAUAUAUGUUUUAUGGCUGUCUUGACUGCCUGCAACCAUGCUGGGCUUCUCAACAAAGGGAUUGAAUAUUUUAACAAAAUGAGGGAUUAUGGUCUAGUUCCUGAGUUAGAUCAUUAUGCUUGCUUGGUUGACCUUUAUGCAAGAAAUGGAUAUCUAAGAAGAGCGAAGGAGUUAAUGGAGGAAAUGCCAUUUCAUCCGAACACUGUAAUGUGGAGUUCCUUUUUGAGUUCUUGUAAAGUGUACGGUGAAGUAGAACUUGGGAGGGAGGCAGCAUUUAAGCUCUUUCAGAUGGAACCAGGUAGUGCUGUCCCAUACAUAAUGCUGGCAAAUAUUUGUGCCGGAGCUGGUUUAUGGAGCCAAGUGGCUGAGAUUAGGAAUUUGAUGAAACAAAAGGGAAUAAGAAAAAGUGUAGGAUGGAGUUGGAUUGAGGUAGAUAAGAAGAUUCAUGUUUUCUCAGUGGGUGAUUUAUGUCACACUCAAUCACAAUACAUCUAUGCGGAGUUGGAUAAGCUGAAUCUUGAAAUGAAAGAGGCCGGAGGUAUGCCCAAACUGAUACAAGAUUUAGAGGAUUUUGAUGAUGAACAUGUCUAAUGAUGUACGGAUUAAAAUAAGCAGCAUUUCACGAGAUAUUUAAAUUUAGUUAAUGAUCAAUAUGAGUUGAUAUAUGCUUAGUGUUGGUAAUUGAGAUUUUAGUUUCCUAUGGUUAGAAGAUCAUCUUUGACUACUAAGGAGAUUGUUGGUAUUCUCUUGGUAAUAUGGCAGUGAUGCUGGGAAAUGCCAUUUAUAAUCCUUACAAACUCUAAUGGAAUGAAGGGGAGAAAAGAGUAACACUUGCGAUUGAAAUCUUCUUUGCAGAUUUUCCCAAUCUUCUAUGCAGUUAGCAUCGUGAGUGAUUCCGUGUUGAGAGUUUGUGCGCAGUGGAAUGGUUGUGGAAUAAUAUGGAUAGAUAAUUUAAAGAGGAUGGUGAAUAGUUUAACUUUCUCUUUUAUCUAAUUUUUACUUAUUUUAAUUUUACCGAAAUAAAAAUAAAAUCAAACCACAAAGUAAAAAUAAAGUGCAACUAAAGUAAAUAGAGUUUGAGAGAUGACACUAGGAUUUUAGCGAAGAAACUCUAAUUGGUAGAAUAGAUCAAUUGUAACAGGAAAAAUCUUAUUGCAGUCCUGAGAUAAACAAUCCACUAUAUUUGAAGCAAAGUAUACUGAACUUUGACUCAGUCUCACACUCUAUCGUUCUACCAAAAACCAAUUGUUGACAAUCCCUGGCUUUGCAACUCUUUCCU